UGGUUCUACUAAGACACACGAACACUGAAGUCUAUUCACAAGUUAUAGUACUUACAUAUUUACAUAGUUUUACAUCAAAAUACUAAAUGUUUAUGUUCUCUGUGCAGGGUAAGAAAUAGGGGGGAAAUUGCACAUUACUUAAAUCCAAAUGCUUUAGUUUAGAAUCCAAGAUUCUACAUAUUUGCUCAGUCUUCUUUGCGAGCAUAAUAUGUAAAGGCUGCGUAUAAAGGGUAUUGCUUCUGAGUAAGAAUUUGACCUUCGGUUUAAGCUCUGUUCUCUUGGAAAUCUAGUAAGAGUAUUAUGCCGAUUAUAUUAACAUAGGCAAUUAACAUCUGCCUAUGCCUCUUCCUGCACCUGAAAAGUUCCCAAUUAACCCAACCUGCCUGUCGGAAUUUUCCUCAUCCUUCAUGGCCCAGCUCAAAUGCCUCCUUCAUGCAACCUCCAUUUCCCUUCAGCUUAAGUGAUCGUUCCUGGCUCUAAACCAUUUUUAAUGGUGUUCAUAACACUCUGGUCAUCAGCUCAACUAACAGCCGCGUAAGAUGGAUUUACCAACGUGUAUUCUGGGGCAUAACUGUUCUCUGAAGUGUUCUUAUGAGUAAUUCUGUGGUCACAUAAGUUUGGAAAACAUUUCAUACUAUACUUCCUUCUGGGAGAGCCGGUGUGUCUCUUGACAUUUUAAAGCUUCUGCAACACACACACACACACACACACACACACACCUGUUUAAAUUUAACACAUCAUUUCCUACUUUAUUUAAGAACGAAAAACAUAAUGGUGAAAGAAUACCCAUUAUUGUAUCUAUUAACAUUUGGGAAAAGUUGCUCUGAGAAUUCGUAGACCUAACAUGAAAUAAAGUUAUAAUGAAUUUCAGUUGAAUCUGAACCAAGCAUCUUUAUGUGAUGCCAUUAAACUUACUUUCCCCAUAAAACUUCUUAAAUAAAAGGCAAAGCAGCUACCUCUUUGAAAUAACCACAGAUUCUUUGCAACUCAGAUAUGUAUCUGUUUUUCAUAUAUGGAACGAAAUUUUCUAAGAGCUCGGAAGUCGUAGAGCAUUCAUUGUCUUCUCUGUGGCAAUGACUAUCUCCUUGCUGAAACAGACUGCAUUUCCUGCCUCUUCACUGGAAGAAUGGAGGAUGAGGAUGAACACAUGGGACUUACCACCAACAUCAACAAAGUCUCAGUCUUCCUUGGCACACCUAGUUUUGUCUGAAAGGUUUACAACACUGAGACAUGAUUAUAUCACUCUCCAUGAAGAGGAGCAUAUUUUGCUGUAAAACUACAGAAUAAUAUGUACCUGGUAUUACUUGAACAAAAAUAAUUCACUCCUUACUGCUGUCUGCUGAGUUAAAAAAAAAAGUAUCCAACAGAACUUCAAACAUAAUAGACUUUUACACAGUAGUCCCAGGAAGCAGUCUUUGUAGGAUAUAUAGAAAAGCAAUUUUCUAUUGAUUUUUUUUUUUAAAAAAAAGAAUCUGUAUAUGAAUCGUUCUGUAGGCAUUAAGAGAUUUUACUACUUUUGAGUCUUCCAUAGGACCAUGGUGAUUUCAUCCUGUGCCUCUCCGCUUUGCUCCAUGUUUGCUGCGGGCCACUGAAUGGGACUGGACCACAGACCUACUCCUUGCACUCGUGAUACAGUGAAUUGGGUUAAAACUCUUGGUUACAAAUAACAGAAACCAAAGGCUGUCUAAAGAAAAAAGGGGAAUUUAUCUAUGAAGGCACGGUGGUAUCUCAGAAAAUCCAGGAAGAGGAAUGAAGAGCCUCAUGAUGAAUUGAAAUGAGAAAUUGAAAAGUGCAUUUGGAAGUAAGAAGGCAGCCUCCACACAGCUCCUUGGUUGAUAUCACUUCCUUUCCAGCCAGACCAAAAGAAUAACUGAUGAUGUUUGAAUUUCCAUUUUAAACAUCAGGAGGAGAAUGGACUUUGCCCAGUUUGGGUUCGAUUUCCACAUUCAUCCAUGUGUUAAUAUGUCAGUUUAGACAUGAAUCAAAGCAGCGAAGAAUGUACGAAAAAGAUUAGCAGUGUGAAUCUUGACAAACUUAUAAAUGACUUCUCACAGAUAGAAAAGAAAAUGAUAGAAACCAGUGGAAAGAAUAAUAUACUGGAUAUGCAGUUGGAAAAAACUAACUAUUUGUUAAAAGUAAUGCAAACAAAGGAGGUCUCAAUUAAAGAAGAAUGUGCUACUCUUCAUAAUAUGAUAAAAGGGCUACAACAGACCAUUGAAUCUCAACAUGAUUUGAAAGGUGAAAAUGAACAACUAAAAAGAAAUGCUGAUCUUAUGAAAGAAAAGUUGAAAUUUCAUGAACAGGAAUAUAAGAAUAAUAUUGCCAAACUUAUGAGUGAAAUGAAAAUCAAAGAGGAGGGACAUAAGAUAGAAAUAAGGAAACUUCAUCAGGAUAUGCAGGAAAAAAUUGAGUCAAAUGAAGAAAAGCAUAAAGAACUAAUAGAGAAAAAGGAGGUGGAAAUUUCAGAGUUAAAUGCAAAGUUAAGAACUCAAGAAAAAGAAAAACAAAGUGAAAUAAUCAAAUUACAGUUAGAGUUUGAUGCCAAACUAGCAAGAGUUCAAACUAAACCAAAAUCAUAUCCAGAUUCUACUGUUUUGCCACAGAGUAUCUACAGAAGGAAGCUUCAACAUCUGCAAGAAGAAAAAAACAAGGAGAUUGCAUUUCUUCGUAAUACCAUUCACGAUUUAGAGCAACGCCUCUCCCUUGGCAAAGAUCCUCCACUUAACCCUACUGGCAAAAGCUCUUACCUUAAGCGUAGACGGUUUUGAGUAGGACAGUAAAUUCAUUAGUUGCUACUUAAUUUCUUUAAAAGAAGUUGAAAAUUUGCUUGUCAUUAAUAUACUGCCUAAACAAUAACAAUGAAAAAGAGAAAGCUUUAAACUUUUUAAAUUGAGUUUAUUUAAACAAAUCCACAUUUGUCCAAUCGUGUACUACAUUCUUGCUUAAUAGUAUUAACCAUAAAGGAGUUCAGGCUUAUAGGACUUAGUUUACCUACUGAACCAUCAUUGACUAUGGAAAUACUUUCUAAGCAAUCAAGAAAUAGACAACAUUCUUUUAUCUUUUCCAUUACGACUUUCCAGACAGAUUAUCUCAAAUUUAAGAGUGUGAUACAAUGCUAGAUAAGGAAAAUAAGAUAUAAGGGCUUCAUUCAUAUGUGAUAGUAAAAAUCAAGAUAUGACUCUUAGAUAUACAAAGCAUAAAUGGAUAUUUAAAAGGUAGUCCUAGCAAAAUAUUCAUGUGUCAGUAUUUCUGGAACUUUAAAGACAGAAUUCACUGAGUUCUUUAAAGGUUUAGUCAGUUAAAAACAUAAGAUUAAAAAGACAAAGAUAAUAUUUUUUUGAGAAAUAAGUAAAGAAAAAAAUGGAAAACAUGUCUUUGUUGUUCUUUCUCCAUUCUAAAUUGCUAACUAUCCAACAGAAACCCCUAGGUCAUAGUUUACGUCUCUGUUCUCAUUAAA